AUCUUACCGUACACCCCGUGAUCUCCAAAACAACAUAACAAAGUGGGGGAAAACAUGGCGAGCGGAGAGGAGGCCAGAAGACGCCCCUCGGUUACCUCCUCUUCGGUCGGCCUGGAGGCUCUGUUUCCUGCCGGGACAUCGGAGCAGGCCUGCGGGGACGGAAACCCGGAGCUUGUCCGCCUGAGGGAACGUCUUCAGGGUUGGCUAUCGCAGUAUGAGCCCCUUCUGCUGUGGGUGCAGAGGCUGCUGGUCUGGGAGAGGCCGUUGUACAGCAUCUCUGUCGCCUUGACACUCAACACAUUAUUCUGGCUCCUGUCCUCCACCUCCCUGCGGCCUCUGUUCCUGCUGAGUGUGUCCCUACUGGGACUUAUGCUACUGGAGAGAUGGAAGCCCAAGUUGCCCAUCAUUACUGUUCAACAUGCAGAGGCUCACCCUGUACAAAGUGAAACAAUGAGUGUGGAGCAGCGUCUGCUCAGUAUUCCUGAGCUCAGCCACCACCUGGCCGAGAGCUACUUGACCUGGUGUCUGUACCUGCAGGAGAUGCUGCAGUACAAACGACAGAACCAUGGCAAGUUCUGUGUGAUGAUGUGCAGUGGCUGCUUUGUACUUGCCGUUGUUGGACAUUAUGUACCAGGAAUCAUGAUCUCCUAUAUUAUAGUUCUGAGCGUGCUGCUGUGGCCGCUGGUGGUGUACCACGAGCUGAUCCAGAGGAUGUACACGGGCUUGGAGCCAAUCCUGAUGAAACUGGACUACAGCAUGAAGGGAGAUACGGAGCACCGCAAACACGACAAGAGGAAGGUGAAGAAAGAGUUGGAAGAGGGGGACGAGCCGAGAGCCGAAACAGAGAGCGAGAGUGAGGAGGAGCUGUCUUGUUUUGCCCCGACGGUGGAUGUGAAGACUACAGCUCUGGCGAUGGCCAUCACAGACUCAGAGCUGUCGGAUGAGGAGGCAUCCAUCUUGGAGAGUGGAGGGUUCUCAGUGUCCAGAGCCACCACUCCUCAACUCACUGACGUCUCUGAAGACCUGGACCAGCAGAGUUUACACAGUGACCCAGACGAGGCCUACCUUCGGGAUCUCCCUGAGUUCCCCUCAGUCGAGGAGUUCCCAUCCAUUGAGCACAACCUGCUCCACUUUCCUCUGCGAGGUCCCAGCCAGGUUGAUGGAGCCCAGGCUAGCACUCAGUCGGAGGGAGAACCUUUGAGCCCUGCCACCCUCCUUAUCCAGCACCUAGCAUCCCCGCUCCACUUUGUAAACACACACUUCAACGGACAUGGACGACCACCGGGGGGUGAGGAGGGAAUGUUGCCUGUGCCGGGUGCAGGGGAGGAAGCGGGGAGGCCAGAGGGAGAGGAGAAGGAGGCUGCAGUAACCCAGGGUGCACAGCGAUCCUUGGAGGCCUUGAGCGAGGAGAUAGUGAGCACGGCCAUCUCCACCGUGGUGCAGAACACUCUGUCAGCCCUGCUGCGCUCCAGCGAGGCCAGCGAGGAGCCCACUCUGGCUGAGUUCCUCCCCACUGAGACACCGCCGGGAGCUCUGGAGACCUCCACCCAACCCACAACCGACACCACUGCUAACACUACAGUCACUACAAUAGGAGCGCUGGGGCCUGACGAGGAACUGGACGAGGCGAUUACGACAGAAAGCGGCGCCGGCGAGGAGAUGCCUGACGACACACUAGUUCCGACCGAGGAGGAGGACUUUGAGCUUCUGGACCAAAGUGAACUGGAGCAGGUGGAUGAUGGGCUGGAGCUCAGCUCUGACAGACAGGUGGUGGGAGAAGCUCUAGACACACCUCCAUCCCCUGAACAUCAACCACAGUCAUAGCUUCCCCGUUGUCUCCCCCUUACCCCCACCUCCAACUGUUUUGUUUUUAUUUGUACGUUAGUACUACAUUAUAUCCAUACAUACUGCUAUAUACAAAACAUUUAUCAAAGAGUUUGGCAUUUAAUACUGUUGGUUGUUGAUUGUGUGGCAGAUGGUUGAGACGACUUGGUCCAUUCUGUUUUCGUAGCCUCGUGUUACAGGGGUCUGUUCAGCCUUGGUACCUGAGUUGUUUCUAGUCCAGGACCAUCACAUUACUGGGAUCAUCAGCUGCUGUUAGGUGGCAUUCAUAAUGACAUAGGUCUGAUCUAUACACUUAAACACAAAAAAACUAGGAGAAGUCAUCAAUAAUGCAUUUACAGUAGAGUUUGUUGUGGUGUUACACUGCCUGCUGACCUGAUGUUAUCAUGUUAAGUGAGAGCAGGUUCAGGGCAGAGCUUGGGUUAAUAGUCAUAGAGACAUCAUUGUUGUCAGGCAAUUGCAUUGCAUUACAUUUAUUUUAUAUUUGAUGGUUUAUCCAGCAUUGAAAUUUGCUCGAUAAUCUAUCAAAAUUCUCACAGCGCGAUGAAAAACCUGUUCAAGUUCAGUCCCAUGUCACAAUAAUGAUGCUUUUAUUUUCUACCUUGGCUAAGAGCUGAACCUUUCCACCUUGUUUUCAUUCGGAAGCAGAUGUUAAUGUAGAUGGUGUUUUGAAGAGUUGAAAUGUUGGAUAAUAUAACUAUUAAUAUAUGCGAUAAAUUAUUUAAUUUAACGGUCAGUUGAUGAAACUUUAUUGUUGAGCUGAGAGGGACCUUCCAGGUUUAAAAAUUAGUUACAUAUUCCCAGAAUUAGACUAUAGUAUUAUCCUUCACUUUAUUCAAACCUCCAAUGUCUCCAAGGUUACAGGUUGGAUAGAAUCAUUCAGUCAGUCAAUAGUGGUCUUUCACUUGUUGCCUGGAAAUGGAAACUUAAUCUUUGACAUUGUUGGAUGUUGACAAGUAGUAGAUCUUUACCCAUACACAUAAGUGGCUUCGAUGUGGCAAGAUAAAAGAAAUGUUCCUGAAUUUCCUCUUUGUGACUGAUGCCUCAUCUUUAUUUUAUUUAUAUGCGUGAAUAGAAUUUAAUUUCAUACAUUCAUAAUAUGUAAUUGGUCCAUAUGUAAUUGAAUUUAUUCUUGAUCUACAACUUUCUUGAAAAACACAGGCAUCUUGUUAGAUAGGCCCAUCUAUACCCAGCUAUUUGUACAUGUAUAGUCAUCACUGGGAUAUGUAUAUUUACCAAAUAACCUCCUUUGUGCCACGACGAGUCCGUGCAUGCCAUGAAUCACGCAUGUAUUUACCAUAAUCAAUAUUUGAGGUUGAUUUUCAAAAAGAAUGUUACUUUUACUGGAGCAGAUUUCUUUCUGUUUUUGAAGGGAUGUAAUACUACUUGGGAAAUUUUUUGACAUGACAAAAGACAUUAGCACUAUAAUCGACUGUAUGAAGAGGCCCGUUUUUUCUUUUUCUUUUUUUUCUCUUUUGUAAAACCACUCAGCAUCCAAAUCUCAGGGGUGGGUUGUACAAAUUGAAUAUAACAGACUUAUGCGUCCAUUUCCCGACUUGUCGUAGUGCAUUGUAUUUGUACUAACUUCUCCUUUUUUCAGUCAAUGCCUCCUUGUGUAUAGUGUAGAAAUGCUAAAAAAAAAAAAGGAACGUGUAUAUUCUGCAUGUAAAAACAGCACUCUGUUCAAGUUCUCCUUGUCAGCUGACAAAGUACUGCACAAUUUGUGAGAAAAAAAGUCAAUUUGAAUGUUUCAGGUUAAAAGAGCCCAUUAAAUUCAGUUUGAUAUUUAAUUACCAACAAGGGGGAUGGAAGUUUUGAUGUGUCCUCAUUUUUAAAAGACUACCCAGCUGCAAAUGGAAAUGGGUUGCAAGUGAUAACAUCAGAUUUAGAGAAGGAUAUUAACAGACUAGUUUGUGUAUGGUAGUAGUGUGUUUUAUGCUUAAAAUAUUGCUUCUUGAACUAUAUAUAAAAAAGGCACUUACUGAACUGUACAAUUUUAAAAAAGGAAUAUAUUUUCUAAUUUCUCCUUUUUCCAUAAAGUACUCAGUUUGAUCUUUUACAUCUAAAAAUAUAACAUGGCUACGGACAAGUUUCACGAAGCAGAAAAGAUUUAUUGUGAUUAAACUGGUCAAAUAAAACUGCAACUCCACAUGUGAAAGUAAGAGAAUAAAAGAACAAACUGAAACAAACUUAA